CUCCCCGCCCCGGCGCGGAGCUGCGGGCAGCCCGGGGCCGCCCCGCGCGGUAUGAGCGCGGCCUGAGAUGGCGGCCCCGUGCCGGACGCGAACGCUGCAGGUGGUGGACACGGAGUUCAGCGCCGACGCGGUGGAGUGGUGCCCGGUGGAGGGCUGGCACAGCAUCCUGGCCUGCGGCACGUACCACCUCCGCCCGCCCGCCGCGACCGACUGCAGAGGGAGCCACGAGGCCUGCGACCGGACGGGGCGCCUCUACCUCUACCACUACAACGAGGAGCAGCCCUACAUCCCGCUGACUGAGAUCCAGAGGAUUGACACCGCUGCCAUCCUGGACAUCAAAUGGUGCCACGUUCCGGUUGCAGAACAUCCCAUGGUUGGCAUUGCAAACUCGACGGGUGCUGUGGAGUUCUGCCACCUGACUGGCAGUGAGAAGAACAGCUGCAUGUUGGAGCCAUGCUUCAGGGUCGAUCUCGGUGCGCAGCGCCUGGCCUUGUCCUUAGACUGGUCCACAGGACGUGAGCAGUGUGGAUGUCCUUUGAGAGUGAUCAGCAGUGAUUCAGAGGGGAAGCUGAAUCUGUUCUCCAUAGAUGAAUCUGCGCCUUCUGUGCACGUCCUGAACCAGUGGGAGGCUCACAAGUUUGAGGCCUGGAUUGCUGCUUUUAAUUACUGGAACAUUGAUAUAGUGUAUUCAGGAGGAGAUGACAGCCUGCUGAAAGGCUGGGACACCAGAUGCAAUCCAGAGACUCCAGUGUUCACCAGCAGGAGACACUCAAUGGGUGUAUGCAGCAUUCAGUGUAGUCCCCACCGGGAGAACCUCCUGGCAACUGGCAGCUAUGAUGAGCAUGUGCUGCUGUGGGACACCAGGAACAUGAAGCAGCCGCUGGCAGACACCCAUGUUGAAGGUGGAGUCUGGAGGUUGAAGUGGCACCCAACCUGUGAUUUUGUGCUGUUAGCAGCCUGCAUGCAGAGUGGAUUCAAGAUCCUUGACUGCCGUGGAAGCAUGGCUGAAAACACGGAGGAAUGUGUCAUCCUGUCAUCCUAUGUCUUGCACAAUUCUCUGGCCUAUGGGGCUGACUGGUCAAGGCUGUGCCCGAGGGAUUCCUUGGCUGCACUACAGGACUCUGCUGCUGUGUGCCAGCCUUUGGAGCAGCCUGUGGCACGGUCAGAGGAAGGAGAUGAGAGACUGAAUUUGCAGGUCCGAAACCUGAAGAUAAUUUAUGAGUCUCCUACAGCUACUUUUGAUGUGAUAUUGGAUGAGGACAGUGAAGGCCCUGCCUUGCAGCUCAAAGCAGAGGAGGGUCCUAAGUUGUCUGGGGAUCCUGACCUGGGUAGGAAACCUGAUUUAAAGGAGGGGUCAGGUUUGGGUGGGGGUGCUGACCAAAGGGACAGUUCCAAGUCAGCCAGCAGUUGUGACUUGGGAGUUAAGAGAUCCAAUGGAAUUGGUCAAGAUGGAAGUGGUGAUUCAGUCAGGUCUUCAGACAGUCCAAAAGCAACGAGCAUUGUAGCAACUUGUUCUUUCUAUGAUAACAUCCUACAUAUCUGGAAGUGGGAAAUGAACCUGGCUACCGCUUCAGAGAGGGCCAGUGCUAGAUCUCCAUCUGAAAGGACAGCUGAAAGUUGGCACUGACAAGUCCCAAAGUAAAGGGGUAGGAAAGCUUCUGUACUGACAUUAGCAUCUAAGCUAACACCCUCUGUUUUUUGUUUUUUGUUUUUUUUUUUUUACAAUGCAUAUUGUUGAGUUUGUGAGUCUUGAAAAGCCAAUAAUGAUGGAAAAAUUUCCUGAUGGUUUUAAUUGAGGAAAGCCUUUGCUUUGAGAAGCAUGGUCAAGCACAGACAUUUAUUUAGUUUUCCCUUAGUGUACUAGUUCAGAGUAGGACAGCCUUCCUUUCAAAGGCUUCUUCUUUGUGCAGUAUAUUUGAAUCCCCUCAGAGCUGGUUUGCAUUUGUAUGACUGAUCUGUUAAGCCUAUUUUCCUCCUUCCAAAACAAACCAGACUUGUCUGUGCUAUUACAUGUAGACACAGUAUGUGAUCAGAGGUUUUCAUGAAUUUCUCAGAAAAAAGCCCAUGAGUAGAGGCUUAGGUGUGUAUGUAGCUUGUGUGAUCUGUAAACUGGUAUGUACUUUGAGAAGACACUCAAAGAGAGUUCAGAUGCUGACAGUGCAGUGCUUACCGUGAUCUUUAAUAAACAGAAAUCCUUUCUAGGAAAGACAUCCAGACUGACUGAAAGGACAGAGAGCAGUUCAGCGAUAGGAGGCUUCAUUCUGAGCAGGGCCUUUCUUGGAAGGAUUCUGGUGAGCCUGCACACCGAUUUUACUUCAGACUCAUCACCUGGAUGCAAUCUCAUUUUAUUGCUCUCCAAGCUAAGCAAAAAUUGGUUUAGUAGAAACUGUGUAGGAGCCCGGCUUAUAUCGUAGUGCCACACUUAACCCACCCUGCCCCUUCCCCACACACUCUGGGUAUCCAGCUCAUCUUUUCUGUUCUCCAUAGUGAGACUUACAUGUAGGUCUGAAGUGUAUAUCUUACAGGGUUUUUUUGUUUGUUUUUUUAAGGUGAACAGCUUUAAGAACAAAACCUCCAAAAAGUAUAGGCAAUGUUUCCUAACAUCUUUUACGUUCAAAAUAAAUAAGUUGCAGAAACCAAAAUUUGAAUGACAUUGCCCUAACUACCUCCAGGAAUGGCUGCUUCAUUAGCUUUCUGUUUUUCACUGUGAAAUAUUGGCAAAACACCGUUUCUGGCACACUUUCUGUCUGUUCUUAAUUACCUUCCUAGAAAACAAAACAGCUUCAACUAGGUAAGGAACUUCUAGACUGCAUGGUUUCUUUUUGAGAGUCCUAAAGAAUUAUUUGCCUGGAGGGAAAGAAACACCAGCAACAAGCAUCUGUAACAGUGCUGCAUCUAAAGCAAGGUACAGCAGAUAAUAAUUUUACUGCUUUGAAAUUCCUUUUUCAAAGUUGAAAGUGUAUUUUAAAAAAAAAACUUCUCGAGUGCUGUUACAUUCAUAUAGUAAUGUGAACAAGAGCUUUUGUUGAAAAAAAAACCACCAUAUUUUUGGAUGUUUCUAAAUAAAAAUCAAUACAAGUGA